GGAAGGAAAGGGGAACAAAGCGGCUCGGGAGAGGCGGGAGGAGAGCAAGCCGCUCUGGGUUGCAACCACACGGCUCCACUGAAGAGGCGAGGUGGUUUUACGCAGCCUGCCACAAGCGAGAGAGAGAGAAGGCGAGGUGAAGGAGGGAGGAGAGGAGGACACAGUGAAGAGGAGGAGGAGGAGGAGGGAAAAGGCGCGCAGAGGAAGAGCCGCCGCCGGAGGGCGAGCGGAGGCGCUUCACUGUGUGUGAGUGUGUGUGUCUCCCUCUCUCUCUGCUGUGAGGAGAGGGAGGGACGCAUGGAAGGAGGACCCCUGCUUCUCCUCCUCCUCCUCCCUCGCCUCCUCGCCCACCCGCGGCGCCGCUAAGAUGCUCCUCGGCUGACAUCUUCCUCCUCCUCCUCCUCCUCCUCCUCCUCCUCCUCCUCUUCUCACCAUGGACAGCUUCGACUUGGCGCUCCUGCAGGAAUGGGACCUGGAUUCCCUCUGUGUCUAUGAUCCUGACAGAAAUAUGCUGCGCAGGAAAGAAUGGGAAAGAAGAAAUCAGGAUAUCCAGCAUGAUGAUGGCUUAUUUAACACCAGUUACUCUCUCUUCAGUGAACCAUACAAGACUAACAAGGGGGAUGAACUCUCCAGUCGGAUCCAAAGUACCCUGGGCAACUAUGAUGAGAUGAAAGAGCUGUUGACCGAUAGAUCCAAUCAAAGCCAUCUUGUUGGUGUUCCAAAGCCUUGCGUAUCACAAACAUCUGUGACUAAAGCUGAGGAGCACUUUACUGCUGAUCCAAAGCCACAUACGCAGGCUUCCAUUUGCAGUCCUCCAACGUCCUUGCCAGUGCCACCAUCUGGACAGCUGAACAAGGCUACAACUAUGGGUUGGCAAAAGUCUGGAUAUACUUUGGAGAGCCAGCCAAGGGGAGCUAAACAUAGGCGUGGACUAUCUGAUUCACAUUGUAAUGACUUUAAGAUAGCUAACCAAAAGAACAAUUUAGAAAAGGUGAAACUUUAUUCAUCCAGUCCAUCGUCACCAUCUUCAUCCACUGCUACCCAGGGCCUUUUACCAUCUGCACCUGUAGACAGCAUCCGAACACAACAGCAGCCAAAGCUGAGUUGUGGAGCAGAUGUUGGAGUCCAGGCUCAAGAAAGGACAGCAAUGCAUAGCAAUGGACAUUGUGUACAAAACUUUCCCCCUUCAAAGCCCAGUAUAGUUCAGCAGAAACCAACCGCUUAUGUAAGGCCAAUGGAUGGUCAGGAUCAGGCUCCUGAUGAAUCUCCAAGACUAAAGGUACCGGCUGAAACCAGCAUGGUCUGUAGUUCAUAUAGAGGGACACCUUCAGCUAAAACUGAUUCAACUAGGACCAAGUCAAAACCAACAAAAUGUGAUAUCUCCAAGCAAGAUGAAGAUAGAGCAGGUGAUGACAGCUGUGUUGAAGAAAUUUUACGGGACUCACAGCAUGUUUCUACAGGGCACAACAAUCAAAGAAAAAGUGGCGUUGAGCCAAAGAAUCCAGAAAACAGAACAUCACAUACAUCAAUGUUAGAAGAUGAUCUCAAACUGAGCAGUGAUGAAGAGGACAGUGAACAGCAGGCAGCACAGAGAUCUGCUCUCCGGGUUCUCUCUGACAGCAUUUCAGUGCAACAGCCAAACUGCAGAAUCUCUGGAAUAUCCAGCAAGCGUUCAAGCAGCACCAGCUCCAGUGAAUCUGAAAGCAGCUCAGAAUCUGACUCAGAGAGUGAAAGCAGCUCUGCAGAGAGUGACUGCAACAAGCCCCCUCAUUAUUCCAGCCCAGAGCCUGAACAGCCAUCAUCAAACAAGUGGCAGUUAGAUAAAUGGUUAAAUAAAGUUAAUCCUCACAAAGCACCUAUUUUGAAUCACAACGGACUGGAGAGCUUUCAGUAUUACUGCAAAGCGAAAGACCAAGGGCACAACUGUGAAAGUCUGUCUUCUGUUUGCCAAACCAAUCUCAGAGAUAAAGAGGUUAAGAAUCCCACCAAGGAGGAACUGUGCCCCAGAACAGCUAAUAAAGCCCCAGGGCAUAAAGGAGCAAAGCAAAAACCACCUCCCUCGGCCACUACAGUUUCUGUAGACAGUGGUCCUCUGAGAAGGACAGCAUGUAGAAAACAGCUCAGAAAGACGGAGAGGACCUCUGGUGGUGACAAUUUAAACAGCUCUACAGGUGACAAUCCUGACUUGAACCGAGUACCUUUGGAAAACAAUAGCCUGUGUGAACAACCUAAACCUAAGCCCUGUACCAGCAAAGCUGAGCAUAGAAAAGAACCACAGUGUGUCACUCCCUGUGAAAAACGACGCACAAGAGGAUCAGGUAAAAUUGCACCUAAAUCCAAGGAAUUUAUUGAGACAGAAUCUUCAUCUUCAACGUCUUCAGAUACAGAUUCACAGUCUGAGCAAGAGGAAUAUCCUUUACAAAAGCCUUACACUGUGGCCUCAGUACCAGUUGGAAGCGACCAGAAAUUAAAAGACUCUGGAAGUAGUAAUACCAGCAAAGGAAACAGCUGUGGCGCCUUUGGUUCAGUUAACACGCGGACUAGUAACGAUAUAGCAAAGGAGCUGGAUGAACAGUUUUAUACACUUGUUCCUUUUGGCAGGAAUGAACUCCUGUCUCCUUUGAAAGACACUGAUGAAGUGAAAGCACUUUGGGUCAAAAUUGAUUUGACUCUUUUAUCCAGAGUUCCUCAACACUCAUCCGAGGAGCCGCUGCUCAUGAAUCCUGGUAGUAAAGAAGCAGUUGGUAUGCAGCAUAACAUUGCCCCAGACCUAUCUGCAGAGAAGGUUAUUCCAAAAUCUAGAAGGAAGCGUAAGUAUGAAAAUGAAGAAGAAAACAGAGACAGCAAGAAGAUACACAUUGAACAACUAUGUUCCUCCCAUUUACUUGCUUCAAGUCAAGUUAUCUCUACAUCAAAUCACUGCAACAUGAUCAAAAACAGCUUGGGAACACCAAUAAAUAAAAAUGAGAAAAUGCUUCAGUCACCUGUCUCACCCCUCCCCGAUGCAUCAAAACACAAAUUUUUUAGUGAGGAUUUAACGUCUUCUAGCAAGCGUAAUGGUAGCAACCUCUUAUCUUCCAUUUCCUCAAGCAAAAGACGGAAGAAUGAGAGCCAAACUCACCAUCCAGGAAAUUUCAAUAAAAUGGUGUAUGUCAGUUCUGACAGUACACCACUCUGCAACAAGACACAGUGCCAAAAAGAGCCAUGGUCACCUGUAUCCAGUAUGCACCAAGACUGCAGGAGAUCAAAGCUCAUUUUAAAUGAUGGGCCACAUAAUAUAGAUUACUUCAUGCAAGAAGCUAAAAGGAAAAAGCAUAAAGCAGAUGCAAUGGUGGAGAAAUUCAGCAAGGCACUGAAUUAUGUUGAAGCUGCAUUAUCAUUUAUUGAAUGUGGAAAUGCCAUGGAACAAGGACCCACGGAGUCUAAGUCUCCAUACACAAUGUAUUCUGAAACAGUUGAACUCAUCAGGUAUGCUGUCAGACUAAAAACCCACUCAGUCCCCAGCGCUACUCCAGAAGAAAAACAAUUAGCAACAUUAUGUUAUCGAUGUUUGGCACUCUUAUACUGGAGGAUGUUUCGACUCAAAAGAGACCAUGCUGUAAAAUAUUCUAAAGCACUUAUUGAGUAUUUCAAGAAUUCCUCAAAAGGUGCACAGGCACCAUCCCCAUGGGGCACCAGUGGAAAGCAUACUGGGACACCUUCUCCCAUAUCGCCCAGCCCAUCCCCUGUGAGUUCAGUGGGGUCCCAGGGGAGCACAGGUGCACCUUCCCCCUCGUCCAUUGUCAGCAUCCCGCAGCGAAUACACCAGAUGGCCGCCAACCAUGUCAGUAUCACCAACAGCAUCCUACACAGCUAUGACUACUGGGAGAUGGCUGACAAUCUUGCCAAGGAAAACCAAGAUUUCUUUAAUGAUUUGGAUGCCUUGAUGGGACCUGUCACCUUGCACAGCAGUAUGGACCAUUUGGUCCAAUACACUCAACAAGGACUUCUCUGGAUCAGGAGCAGUGCUCAGUUCUCAUAAUAUCCAUUGGGACAGUAGACUCUUCCACAGACAAUUAAGUUAUUCUAGACACUGUGCUACAGAAAUACUCAACUAUAGCAUUGCUUCAAAUCAAUGUGAAUAUUUCGUUUAACACUGAACAAUAUUUUUCAGAGUACAAAAAUCAGUGUGUAUGUAUAUUAUGCAAAAGUUGUCUCCUUGGAUGAAUUAUACUUUAAUAGUCUCCAAAUAUCACUUCCGUUAUUGUAAAGAAGAAAACUGAAAAUAUGUGUAUUAGAGCAAACUCUCUCUCAAUCUCUUUCUACUCUCUUUCUUUCACACACACACACACACACAGACCUUAGUAAGCUAAUUCUGAACUUUAUGGAUUGGUUUAAUCAAGUCCAGUAAACUAUAGCACCUCUGCAUCAGAAAAGCAUUUUUAUUCUAUUUCAAGCACAUUCCUACAUUUUUGAAAGGAUGGUUUCCUGACUUAGUCCAGUUGCAGUCAUAUUGAAUGAUUUUCUAUUUACAAAACACAUUUAUUCUGUGCUUUGUACUGAUGAACAGUUUCUCUUUUCUUGGGGACAAUUUGAUCACUUACACAAGAUGCUAGAUGCCAAUUUGCAUGGUUGCUAGUAGCUUUCCUUCCCUCGCAGUAGUACUUUCUUCAUGAGCAGUCAGCCUCAUCCACAAUAAUAAAACUAGUCGUAUGUAACAAUAAGGGCUUCUUUCCACGUACAGAGUUCAGGCAUAGUAUUUCAUAAAAAUAUAUAACAGACUAGUUACAUACCUUUUUUCUUAUCCUGGAAUCUUCAGUGUGUCUUCUGUAAACCUUGCUAAAGUUACACAAUAGCUGUGCUUUGCAAUCCUACACAAGGUCAGGAAAGAGCAAUUAGCUUAUCCAUAGUUUUUCUGGGCCUUUGUGCCUCAAUCAUUAUUUUAAAUUCUCUUACAUUUUAAGUAAGUACAACAUUAAUUGGAUUAACCCAAGAAUCACUGGAAUAGCUUUGAAUUCACUACAUCCAGAACGGUCUCUGCUGAAAGCUGUUUCAGAGCCUUACAAUUGCUACCUCCAGUGGGAAUACCACCAGUAGCUUUACAUGGAUCAAAGUAGGCUACAAAGGCCAAUAGAUGACAUUCCCCUAUGGCAGAACUGAAUCAUGAUCAUCCACACAAGCUAACAGUUCUGAGUUAGAAUUUAUCUACCUUUCAUUCAUCUCCAGUAAAUGUACCUAGGAUGGUGCCACAAACUCCAGAACCACUUAAGAGUUUUCCCCAUGUACACAUAUCAUUUUUUAAUCUAUUGAUCAAGGACAAUUUCACAAUAUCUUUCUUAAGACAUGUGUAAGAAAUAACCAUACUGUUUGUCAAUGUCAAUUAAGAUGCUCCAAAUAAAAUUUAGCACAUCAGGAUCAGGAAGAAAUUAAACUGUUUAAUGUCAGCUGGUGAAUACUGUAGAACUGAAAUUCUCAUAUAGGUUGAGUGCUAGCAAGAACCUGGCAAAAUAGAAUUCUCCCCCAGUGUACUUACACGGUGGGCAGAGCUUGCCCCUUUGUCCCUAUUUCCUCACCCACUGUGUAACAUAGUCUGGGUCUCCUGGAUGCAGCUCCAUCUCUCCCCCCCCCCCCCCAAUUCAAUGAUUGAUCAGCUUUAGAGGUGUGUCGGCAUAUCCCACCUAUGCUCACACACCUGGGGAACAUGGGACAAUCUUUGCCUCACAUGUAAGAUUUCUUCUUUGUAUGUACGAAGACAGUUGGAAUGUGUCUAUGCACUCAGCUGGUUAGUAGCUGGAAGGAUAAAUCUGCUGCUUGGAGUCCCCAGACCUCUGUUGAACUUUAGGUCAAGGGUGUUGUGCAAGGAGGUCCUAGAUAUCUUUUUACACAAUGCCCCCAAAUAUAUAUUAAAUAAUGGAAGGAAAUAUUUUGGUGGGAGUGCAAACUGCAGUGAACCAUUUUCAGGAGGUCAAAAUUGGCCCAACAGAAUUGCCUACCAUCUGAUUCACAUUGUGAAACAACACAAAGUUCCCCUUUUUAAGCAGUUCAAUAGCCACCAUCCCUGUUAACACAACAAUUUCUUUGUUGUCUGAGAAUGGGAUGAGCAGGGAUGUGCCCAGUUCUUUUCUUGUAGCUGGAUGUGCUGUGAGAUGCACACUCAUCUACAGGGAAAGAUAUAUCCGAAGAUGAUGUCCUUCCAGUGUAUCCAUCUACAGGAAAAAGCUGGAGGUUUACUUGCUCAUCCUCCAGCUCUCUGAGAACACAGAAGAGGCAAUAUGGGAUGGAGACUCCACUACUUAAAGAAUAGGAUUGGGGAGGUAGCAUCAGAUGUAGUUACAGUAUUGUAGCUGUGUCCAGUUGUCCUGAUUCGGGAUCUCAGCCAUAAUUUUAAAAAAACAUUAGUCUUAAACUAAAAUUUAAGUACUGUUUAAGGUUUCUAUCUUUUUCACUUUACUAUUAUCUUUAAAUGACAGAUAAUAUUUGAUGUUUGUUAAAGUACUUUUUUUUCAUUUUAUCAGUUAAUACAUUUGUGCCCUGAUUUAUCAGUCCAUUAUAGGCAUUUGGGUCUUAAUUAUCCAAUACAGAGUUCUAGGUCUUAAAAGAAAAGCCAUGGACAUUUGGAAAUCCUGUCUCUCUGGAAGUGAAGGUGGACACUCACAUCAAAGAUUGUCCAAAUUCACAUGUACAUGCAACUCCUGGUCUUGUGGCCUUUCAUUUUCUUAAAUUGUAAUUUCCUGUCUGUUACAGUUAAAACAACAAAUAUUCUUGUUGUGCCUUAAAAAGUAUCCAAUUUUAUUUGGCAUAAGCUUUUGUGUACCUUAGCACUUAUACCCAAGAGGCACUGCACCAUGUAUUUGGUGAAAUGGAUUGUUGUCUAUGAGAGCUUGUGUCAAAUAAGACUUGUUAGUCUAUAAAGUAUCACAACAUUCUGCAUUUUCCUUGUGAUUAAGAACAUCUCUACAAUUUAUUUGGAUAAAUACAAUAAUUACUAGAAAUUGUAAUGUUUUGGGAGAAACUCCUAUUUGUUUGUUCAUUAGUAUACUGCCUUUUUAUUUAUUCGUAUUUAGGGUCAUUGCACUUACCUUUCACAAGAUAAAGUUCUCAGUGUAAGGACACAAGUACAUAUACUCUGAAUAAGGUCUAAAACUAGUGAGCUUGAAGAAUAAUUAUUGCCACUGCAUUCAUAGAGAAUAGCACUCUUUGGACGACUUAAAAUUUGGCAUUCUAUUAGUGACUUACACAGGCUUAAGUUCAAUGUAUGCAUCCAUGUGUCUUCUUUAUGUUUCUUCCUCCUUCAUAAAAUCGCCAAGUCCCCCAUCUACCCAUCUUCUUGCUUACUCUACAGCCAUAUGGUGACCAGUGAAGAGCAAAGGAAAGCUGAGAAUCACCUGACAAAACCAUUAAAACAUCUUCCUCUGGAAGUCCUGGAAGAUGAUUUAUUUUUGUACUUUUGACCAUAGUCAUAUAUAACCAGAUGCUUCUUAGCUAUGCCCUGCUAUCAACCAACUACUGCUUGUCCAUGGAGUGCAAAGAUGAACAAGAGGAAAGUGAGCCAUUCAGGCGAGCAUGGGGAGAUCUUCCUUAGUCCCACCAGGAUUUCACCAGCAUCUACUAGUCCCAACUAGAUUGGAUCUAAUGAGAAUUUAGAUCAAAGAGAAUUUAGCAAAUCAGCACUACAUAGUUCCAUUGACUUUUGGGGUCUGCUCUAGUUGAGACUAUCAAUUGGAUUUAGGCAUGUACUCACAUAAUGUCUGAAUAAGAAAACUAUAGCAAAACUAAAAUGAGAAGGAAGUUAAUUAUGUUUUUACAUAGAUUGAGUAUCCCUUAUCUAAAUAUUUGGAGCCAGAAGUGUUUUUAAUUUUUUUUAUUUUUCUGGAUUUUGAUAAAUUUGCUUAAAUGUAAUGAGAUAUCUUGGAGAUGGAACAUUUAUGUUUCGUAAACACCUUAUACAUUUAACCUGAAGGUAAUUUUAUACACAAUAUUUUAUAAUCUUGUGCAUGAAAAAUGUUUGUGUACAUUAAACCAUCAGAAAGCAAAUAUGUCACUAUACCAACUAACCAUGUGGACAAUUACAGAUUUGUAUAAGGGAUUUGUAUAUGUCACUAUCCCAACUACCCAUGUGGUCAAUUUCAGAUUUGUAUGAGGGAUGCUCAGUCUGUAGUGACAUUGUCCCAAUAAUGACAGUUGACAAUAAGAUCACACCGGUGUAGAAGAUUGUCACUGAAUUAUUUUCUGAUGCUAUUUCCCUUUUUAAUGGUUGGCUUUCAAAACUAUGCAUUAGUAUUCACAUGUAUAUUUCUGCUUAUGGAUCAGGUUAUUAGUGUUGAGUUAUCAAAAAAUGCCUGAAUGUUUUUUAAUAAGGACAGCCAUUUGAGCUUUUAUGAUGAAUCCAACCACAAAGCUGCAACUGACAUAAGCCUUGAUGUGUGUGUAAUAUAAUGGGGCUUUUUUUACUGCAUUUUUUUCAUCAAAAUAACACCAGUUUGGAAACUGAUUUGGAUUAAACAUGUCUCUCUUUCUCUAAUAGGUAGCAGAUAAGACACAUGCAUGUCUACUCAGAAGUAAGUGUCAGUGCGUUCAGUGGAGCUUGCUCCCUUUAGAGUACAUAGAUUUGCUGCCUAAGUGAUUCAAGCUAGUAAACAAUCACAACUGAACUUUUAGCUGUUUUAUAAGGUUAUUGGUUUUUUAAAAAAAGAAUAUCUUAUCAAAUCACUGUAUUUUAAUCAUGCAAAUAUUUCUGAAAAUCUUUCCUAAUUGAAAAGAAGGCUAAAUGUGGGUUAAUCUUCUUAAUGUAGAGGAUUUACUAUAUAUCACAGCUGAAACUAUUGAAAAUAUAUAUCUACAGGGGACUUCCAGGUGGAUGCCAUGGAGGCAGGACAGACGUCCUGAGUUUAGAAGACCUGAGGUCCUUGGCUCCGUGGAAAAAAGGGCUAGACCAUGUAGGAAUGAGGCAAAUUUGAGACUACAAUUAAGGGGGGGGGGGACAAAGAAGAGGUGAAGGAGUCUCUAUGUUCCCAUUAUUUACAUUUUAGUCAAUUGCAAUGAUCUAUGUAGCCACAAAGAAGCAGUGACGUAUCAUGUGAUGAAGGAAUAUUACAAAAUCCUUGAUCAAUUUUCAGUAGAGUACAUUUUUAUCCAAUGCUAGCAGAAUCAGCAGCCUCUCCAUGGCCUUGAUGAAGUCCCCUAUGACAUACCCCCACACAAAAAAAAAAACAUUCCAGACAAUUUCACAACCCUCUGGAGUUCAUUUUUUGAGUUGAUGGGUGUAUCUGCAGAACAAUGGGGGAAAUAGAUUAUUUUUGGAGAAGCAGCAAGAACAAUACACCUCUGAAUCCUAGUCCUUUGGCCUUUUGGAGAAAUGGAUGCUACAGGUAGAUUGGCUUCAUAUGGAUAGAUAGAUAGAUAGAUAGAUAGAUAGAUAGAUAGAUAGAUAGAUAGAUAGAUAGAUAGACAGACAGACAGACAGACAGAUGUCCUGGGCAAAAAGCAAGCAGAGGAUUGCAUCCAACUUAAUAUCACUGAAGAAAGUACAUGUUGCAACAUGUUAAUGUUACAACUAACACAACAAAUACUCACAAAUCCCAAGCUGGCAGUAUUCUGCACAAAUCAAUGUCUAUUACGUGUGUGAGAUUAAAUAAUCCAGAAAAAAUUACUCAUUAUAAUUAUACAGUAGAGUCUCAAUUGUCCAACACUCGCUUAUCCAUUGUUCUGGAUUAUCCAACGCAUUUUUGUAAUCAAUGUUUUCAAUACAUCGUAAUAUUUUGGUGCUAAAUUUGUAAAUACAGUAAUUACAACAUAGCAUUACUGCGUAUUGAACUACUUUUUCUGUCAAAUUUGUUGUUAAACAUGAUGUUUUGGUGCUUAAUUUGUAAAAUCAUAACCUAAUUUGAUGUUAAUAGGCUUUUCCUUAAUCCCUCCUUAUUAUCCAACAUAUUCGCUUAUUCAACAUUCUGCUGACCCGUUUAUGUUGGAUAAGUGAGACUCUACUGUAAUUGUAAACUACCUGUUAAUAAUAGUUGUAUUAUGGUACAAAUAUAACAUCUAAUAUAUCAAAUACAGUAGAGUCUCACUAAUCCAAGCUAAACGGGCCGGCAGAAGCUUGGAUAAGCGAAUAUGUUGGAUUAUAAGGACUGAUCAAGGAAAAGCCUAUUAAACAUCAAAUUAGGUUAUGAUUUUACAAAUUAAGCACCAAAACUUCAUGUUAUACAACAAAUUUGACAGAAAAAGUAGUUCAAUACGCAGUAACGUUAUGUUGUAAUUACUGUAUUUAUGAAUUUAGCACCAAAAUAUCACGAUAUAUUGGAAACAUUGACUACAAAAAUGGCUUGGAUUAUCCAGAGGCUUGGAUAAGCGAGGCUUGGAUUAGUGAGACUCUACUGUAGUACAAAAUUAAUUGAAAUUUUUGAGGGGGAAACAAGACGGGCAGGGGACUGCAGAAAAGAAUCCCACAGUUUAGUUCAGCCAUUUCUCAGUCUUCAGACACAUGAUAGCAGAAAUUAGCAACCAUUUCACUUUUUGGUUUGUUAACCUUUAUCCUUCAACAAACUGCAAGAACGUAUUAGUAACUGUUCAGAGAAAUCUUGUUACUACUCAUCUUAUAGUGAGUUAAUUGUUGUCACAGUCAUGCUCAGGAUUCAUCUUGCAGCAUACACAUUGGCUAUUGGGGAAAAACAAUUUAAAUGAAUAAUAUCAACAUCCAAAUUUGGAUGUAGUGAUAAAUUUUUAACACAGCACAACCAAAAGAUGUUGUUUUUUGAAUAUUUCUGUUUUUUAAUACCAUUUACUCUACUUACUUUUUUUUUUUUGCCUUCGACUGUGUGUGUAAAAAGGCAUAUCAAAAAAUGUAUCAAAAUACACAAAACAAAAACUUGGUACAAGGGUAGCCCAAGGCAGAGCGCAUUGCAGAAAUCCAAACUUACCAGUGCGUGUGCUACCAUCUUCAGGUCCUCCAAGUCUAGGAAGGGAUGUAGCUAGCGGAUCAGCCCAAGUUGAUAGUAAACAUUCAUGCCAGAGAUUUAUAUGAACUGGCCAUCAGUUUAACUAUUCAUCUGAUCUGGCAAAAUUUUGUACCAAAUAUUUAGUUUUAUAUCCAAACAGUGAUAAAAUCAUGGAGGUGGAAGAGAUUCCACGGGCCACCUAAUCCAAACCUACCAUACAGCAGUACACAGUUAAAAGUGCUCCUGAGAUAGGGACUAUCUAACCUCUCUUUAGGCAACCGCAAUAAGGGAGAGUCUCCAUCACCCUCCAAAGUAGUCCAUGCAACUGCUGAAAAGCUAUGAAAUCUCUCUUUUUUUUGUAAUUUGAAUAAAAUAGUUUGGAUUGGUUUGCAUCCUAGUCUCUGGAAUAGGAGAAAAAACUUUGUUACAUCUUCCAUGUGACAUUCCUUCAUAUUUUCAGAGAUAGGCAUCUUGACACUUCUCAUAUCUGCGUUUUCCCAAGCUUCCUACCUAACUUUCUGAGAUGUUCCUUAUAGGACUUGGUUUCCAUACCUUUUGCUAAAUAAUCUACAUUUUCUGAUUUAAAUUGGAUUAUCUGAGUCUACACUGCCAUAUAAUCCAGUUCAAAGCAGAUAAUCUGGAUUUUAUAUGGCUGUGUAGAAGGGACCCAGAUUGGCUUCCUCUGAACAUGUUCUAGUUUGUCAGCAUCCUCCUUGAACUGUUCAGAACUCAUACAAUAUUUCGAACAUUGCAAUUGUGCCUUCAGUACCUUGUCUGCAAGAAAUCCUUAUCCAUUAUGCACUUCCUUCUGUCUGAGCAUUUUUAAUGAGACAUACCACCCAAUAUUUCUUUGUUUACUGUAAUGAGCUUUCUUAAAUUCCAAAGUAUUUGUCUGAAAAUGUUUGUCUUCCUUUUUUUUCUGUAUAACUACAUAACCCAAAAACGAUGUAGUCUCUUCCAUCCAGGUUCCCACUACUUGACAUAUAAUGUUAUUCCUCCUCCUUUCUGCUUGAUAUAUUUCUUUGGGACAGGUGAUAACCUUCCAUUAUUACAUGCUAUCAGGAAGAUCACUAAUCCUACCAGAUUUCAGCAAUGCAUAUUAAAUCAUAUUAAGAAUUGAAUUUCAUCUUGUUUAUUUCCCAUGAUCUGUCCUAAGAUCUCUCCAACUGAUUCAUUGUUGGGGGUUUUCUGCCCAUUGGUGAGUCCUUGUACCUUCAUGCCAAUUAAUCUUGUAUCAUUGAAGCUAUUGUCCCCAAUACUUGGUGUUUCUCUGUCAUAUGAAAUACUGUUUUCCUCUCAUAUAUAACUUAAUUUUAAAGCCCUCCUGAUCAGGUUUUCCAGAGUCUGAACAAAUACAUUCCUAUCAACUGCUCUGAGGACGGAUUUACACUGCCAUCUAAUACAGUUUCAGAAUGCAGAUUAACUGCAUUGAAUUAGAUUAUAUGAGUACCUUUACUUUUACUACACUGCCAUGUAAUCCAAUUCAAUACAAUUAAUCUGCAUCCCGGAACUGCAUUAUAUAGCAGUGUAGAUCCAGCCUGAGGUGCAAUGCACCUCUUGUGAAACAUAAUUUCUUAUGAAAGUGUAGACCAUGGAUCAAGCAACCAUCGUUCCCCCAAAGGCACUACCUUUGGGGAUAUUUCUUCCAGUAGUCUUCUCUCAUGUCCUCCAACAGAAAAGACUGAUAAAAUACCGUAGCAGCUUGUGCCCCAAGAUCUUUCAGCUUCCUAUUCAGAGCCUCAGAGCCCCUUGUAACAUAUAGAAGACUAUGUUUUGCAGUUUUAUUUGUUCCAUGGAUUUUAUGAGUUUUGUCACACAUUCUGAUACAUCAUUCAUCUAAAUCCCUGAAAUCACGGUUCUCAAUACAGCCUGUCAGGACUGUGCACCACCGAUAUCCCACCCAUCCUUUUGGGAGAAGUAUGCAAAGAUAAAUAUAACAUAAACCUUAUCACCAUAUGUAUGGCUGUCAUAAUCUCUAAGCACAUACCAACCCUUUUUCUAGAGACUCAGUUCACAGGAAUUGCAGCCAGCUUUGUCUGUUGAUAGCUCAUCGAUAUAUUCAAAUCACCCCUGUGGAUAUUGUAUACUAUCCAAUAUUCAGUUGCUUGCAUACUGGAGAAAACAUCUGUUCUAAAUCUGCCUCAGAUUAUAUCAGUAUGUUUUAUGUGUGACAUUAAUAGUUUUUGUAUGCCAGUUCAGAGAAAACAAUUCCCACUUCUUUGUAACUUCACCAAAAACUUCUGAAAAGAUUUGGUCUUAUCACAUUGUACUUUGUUUCAGUUUUCUCUCUCUAUUUUUAAUAUAGAAAUCACUUAUUUAUUAUUAUAGCCUUUUUUAAGAACCAGCAUUGUUACCAAAAUCAAAAAAGCAAUAGGGUUCCCAGCUUCCCAUACAUUUGUGCACCUUUUGCCUAUCAUCUACGCAGCUGAAAUAGAUUCAUAUAUAUGUACUUGCAAUUACAUAUUUCUAUUGUGUACAUUAACUCAACAAUGUCAUAAAUGGAAAUAUAUAUCCUGUAUUUAUAUUGUAAAAUAUGUGAAUUGAUAUGGUAUUAUUUUUGAAUAAUUUGAAGUUCUUAAUUUAUUGAAUUAAUUGCCAUCCCCCCCCCCCCAACCCCAAUCAUCAAAUGGUGCUGCAGACAGUAAUAUUUGAUACACAUUAUGACCAGGCAUUUUGCCAAUUUUUCCAACACCUCUUUGUGGCUACAACAUUCAUUCUUCUUUCAUGAAAUUAUUUUUAGGGUCUGGGCCAUUAAUUUAAAAAACUGGGGAAAAGUUAAAUAUUUACACCAGGAAGUAGAAAAAGUGUGGUUCUCCAUAUGUUUUUCAAUGUCAGCUCCCAGCUUUUCUCACUAUUGGCUGUAGCUGGCUAGUGUUGAUGAGAUUUCAGUCCAAUAGAAGGUUACAUUUUGCCCAUUCUUGGGUUAUACCAUAGCAAUUUUGAAUUUAAGUAGUUCUAGCCAUGUCAUGUCCACCCAAGUAACAUAUACCUAACUAUAAGAUCAACAAUAUUAUUUCAUUGUCAUUGCAUAACCUCAGAAGCCUAAAUUAUAUAUGAUACAAACAAACAAACAAAAGCAAGAAGUCAUUCAUUAUAAACCAAUAUAUUAAAGUCCCUUCUCAAUACUUUUGCAAAUAAUAAAUCUGGAGAUGAAAUGGUAUCUCCAUCGCAAGUCAGUGUGUACUUGGUCAUUAUAAAAUUGAUAGAAGUGUUAUUGUUUUAAACUUGAAAGAUGAGUUGCAUGCUGUUUACAUGGGAACAUAUUCACUUUGUUAGAACUCUAUUGGCAUGAGACAUUUUCAGUUUUCUGAACGAAGGAUAUGACUCAUGAAGUUGAUACCUUGUUAAUAGACACUAAGAACUUUUUAGUUUCCCUAGAACUGUAACAAAAAUUGCAGGAUGUACACACAAUGUUUGUACCGUUUUGCCUCUUGUAUCAAAGCAGUUUACAUUGCUCAGCAGUUACAUUGAUUCAGAUAAGUGAGUGCUUUGGAUCCAUUCCAGGUCAAAAGAGAAUAAUGUGAGAGUUUUAUUUGUUUAUAGCUCUAUUACAUGGCUAAAACAUGUGUGUAUUAAAGUGAUAAAAUUACUGACAUGUUGUUUACUGUUUGGAGAUUUUGCUGUUUUCUACCAUCCACUGAAAAGCCAUGUAGCACAGUUGCUGGAAUGGUGAAAAACCCUACUGUAAAGUAACAGAAUGAGCCUUAAGGAUUUGUUUUUGUUUUUUAAAAAAGCACUUUUAUAUUUAAAAGUUAAUAUUAAUUCAUCAAUAAGAUUACUUUUUUAAUGUGAAAAUAAACCAUGAAUUCAACGCC